AUGGAAAUCUGGCGUGCUAUGACCCUUGCUCACACGGUUGGUGAUAAGCACAGCAUUGCGAGGUGUCACUACUGGCUCGGUCGAAUUUCCCUCCAACGAGGAAGAUUUAACAAGGCUUAUGCUUACUUUGAUAAGGCGAAGCCAGAUCUCAAUGGUCGAGUGUCGUCCGAAGGAGAGACUGUGGACUUCUAUCUAAUGGUUUGCACUCCAGGUAUGAGCACCCAGUAUAGAACUCAACUGCUGCGCGAAUACAGCCAGUCUGUGACGAAAAGGUAUCUCCAUCAGGAAGACGAAGAAACUUCAAGCAGCCCUUUCAACCGUCGACACCAGAAUCCGCGAAAGCGCAAGCGCGAGCUGCACGAUAUCAAAAUCGCGCUUCGUCCAGCCGACCUUCCUAGCUCACAUCAUAGGCGCUCACUAAACCGAUCAAUGGUCCAACAUCGUUCGCCAGCACGCAAGGUAGUUUGGAUCUUACCUAACACUGACGACCUUGAAAUAAAUCGAAAUCAAGAGCUAGAUCUGUCGAACAUUUCUGGUGAGAAGACCAUACCUGUGAUCGAGAGCAGAGAAACACCCACAAGUACGACCCAAAUGAAUUUCCCUAUACUUGCAGCAGGACGGAGGCACUUCACAUUCCGUUGUUACCUUAUCGGACUAUCGGGAUCCAGAGCGCGUCAUAGUAUGAAUAUAUUCUCUCGGCAGCCUGGUGGGCCAGCCUUGUCGAUUGAAGAGGGACAGAAGCUGCAAGCUGCCAUGAAAACGCAAAAAAUAACCAUGGCGUAUCUUGAGCGCGAGAGAGAAUUCCUGUCCGGAAGGGCCACUCUUGUCACCCUGCAAAAGGCUCCGCCUGCCCAUUAUAGAACGGACUCGGAUUCAAUGAGUUGGGGGACUGAUGUCGAGAUUGUUGUGGAAGUGGAGUAA